AUGGCUUUCUCUUCUAAACUUGACAACUUCAUCUUCUCUGCCCACAAACCCCAAAACUCUACUGCUCCACUUUCGAAAAUCCAACCUUCCUCCUUCCUCCCAUGUCCUUCUUCCUUGAAGCCUCAAAAGCUUCCCUUUAGAAUCCGCUACGGUUCAACCAUCAGAGCCACGUCAUCAUCCUCAUCCCCUUCCACAACCGUUGCUGAACCUGAAGGCAUUAAGAUUAAUUCGAUUCCAACCAAACCCAUUGAGGGACAAAAGACUGGUACUAGCGGGCUUCGGAAGAAGGUGAAAGUGUUUAUGCAAGAAAAUUACCUUGCAAAUUGGAUCCAGGCCCUGUUUAAUUCAUUGCCUCCGGAGGAUUACAAGAAUGGUUUGUUGGUGUUGGGAGGUGAUGGUCGAUACUUUAAUCGGGAAGCUGCACAGAUAAUAAUCAAAAUUGCUGCUGGAAAUGGUGUUGGAAAAAUUCUGGUUGGAAAGGAAGGUAUUUUGUCAACACCAGCUGUUUCUGCAGUAAUACGAAAGCAAAAGGCAAAUGGUGGAUUUAUUAUGAGUGCAAGCCAUAAUCCUGGUGGGCCUGAAUAUGAUUGGGGUAUUAAGUUUAAUUACAGCAGUGGACAACCUGCACCAGAAUCCAUCACUGACAAGAUUUAUGGAAACACCCUGUCGAUCUCUGAGAUAAAGAUAGCUGACAUUCCUGAUGUUGACUUAUCAAAAGUUGGGGUUACAAAGUUUGGAAGCUUCAGUGUGGAAGUAAUAGACCCAGUCUCUGACUAUCUGGAGCUACUGGAGGGUAAAUGUCGCAAUUUCAAUUUCCAUUUUGAUGAAGAUCUUGUCAACAUUCUGUAUGCUGAAAAUGGACCUGAUUUUGGAGCUGCCAGUGAUGGGGAUGGUGAUAGAAAUAUGAUUCUAGGAAGAAGUUUCUUUGUAACUCCUUCAGACUCUGUUGCAGUUAUUGCAGCCAAUGCAGAAGCCAUUCCCUACUUCAAGAAUGGUGUUAAGGGUCUUGCUCGAUCAAUGCCGACAAGUGGAGCUCUGGAUCGUGUUCCCACUGGUUGGAAAUUUUUUGGGAAUCUUAUGGAUGCUGGGAAGUUGUCAGUUUGCGGGGAAGAGAGUUUUGGAACAGGUUCUGACCACAUUCGUGAGAAAGACGGCAUAUGGGCUGUCUUAGCUUGGCUUUCUAUUAUUGCACAUCGCAACAAAGACAAGAAGCCAGGGGAGAAAUUGGUCUCCGUAUCAGAUGUCGUGAAGGAGCACUGGGCAACUUAUGGAAGGAAUUUCUUCUCUAGAUAUGACUACGAGGAAUGUGAAUCUGAAGGUGCCAAUAAGAUGAUAGAAUACCUACGAGAUAUUGCGUCUAAGAGUAAGGCUGGUGAUAAGUAUGGAAGCUAUGUCCUCCAGUUUGCAGAUGAUUUUAAGUACACGGAUCCUGUAGACGGAAGUGUGGUAUCAAAACAAGGCGUUCGAUUUGUUUUUACAGAUGGUUCAAGGAUAAUAUAUCGUUUAUCAGGAACUGGUUCUGCAGGGGCAACUGUUCGAGUAUACAUCGAACAGUUUGAACCAGAUGUCUCUAAACAUGAUGUUGAUGCUCAAAUUGCCUUAAAACCAUUGAUAGAUUUGGCAAUAUCCGUAUCAAAGCUCAAAGACUUCACCGGGAGGGAGCAACCUACAGUGAUCACAUAA